UAAAAUCCACCUCGCUCCAUCGCAUUUCUUUUCUUUUCUUCAUCCCCACCUUUUCUUGUCCACUUUCUACUCUUUUUAAAUUUGAGGUCAGUAAGGAUCAGCCAACACACUGGAAAAUGCGGUAAGAGCGCAACAACACCGACGACGGUCAAAAAAUCUCCACUUCCUCAAGGAAAGGCUGUUUGCACACGACAUCAAGGCUCCUUCCUCGCUCUCUGCCUCCAAAAGCCUGCACCCCAACCCUAACCCCAUGUGCUUUGUGUGAUAAAAGAGGUCAUAGCAGGAGGAGUCGUGGUUGAAGAGCAACACGGGUGCCAGGUUCUCGCCUUUUAUAGCCGGCCUUCUGUCCAGAGGGCUGGCUGGGUGGACCUGAGCUGAGAUCAUACCGUUGAGCGGAACAGGAUAAUGCCUGCGUCGCUAGUUGCUUUCAUGGAUCGGAGUGCUCACUUGUUUGCAGUAAGAUGGUAGCGCCAGACUGGCAGAAUAUUCCCAAUGCGUCCGAUCACCUCAAGUGGUAUCAGAACAAGGGUACAAUCAAGCUCAACUUUUUUCUGAGUGUCAUCUUCGUUGGCAUGUUCCUUAAUGGCUACGACGGCAGUCUUAUCUCCGGUCUCCAAUCUUCCGACUACUGGAAUGAAGAUCUCAACUAUCCCGAAGGCGCCCGACUUGGUCUUUUGAACGCUAUCGGCUAUAUUUCUGGUUUCCUCGUCGGCCCAGUCAUUACCUACAUCGACGAGCAGUGGGGCAGGCGAUGGGGUAUCCGAUUCUAUGGUGUUACUAUCCUGGUAGGAGCCGUCAUUGGCUGUAUCGCCGGUGCCUCUGGCGCUUCUGGUAACGCUGGUUAUGGCCUCUUCCUUGCUGGUCGAUUCAUCAUCGGUCUCGGUCUCACAUCCUUUUUGAUGACCAGUCUUGCCGUCGUCCAGGAGAUCACCCACCCCCGAACUCGAGAAGUCAUCGCAGCGUCCUGGAACUCGUACUACAUCCUCGGCAACGUCAUAGCCGCCUGGGUCGUCUUUGGCUGCAGCUACAUCACCAGCUCUUGGAACUGGCGUAUCCCCUACAUGAUUCAAGUCCCCAUCGCCCUCUACCUCCUCAUCGCCGUCCAAUUCGUGCCCGAAACCCCGAGGUUCCUCAUGGACAAGGGCCGCGUCGACGAGUGUUUCGACUUUUUGGUCGAGUACCAUGGCAACGGCAAUCGCCAAGACCCAUUGGUGUUGUUUGAAUUUGAGGAGAUGAAGGAGGCUAUCGCGAUGGAGAAGGAGGCAAAGGCGCAGAAGUGGAGUAUCAUUCUUAAGGAUAGGUCGAACAGGCACAGGUUGGGCUUGACGUUGUUGAUGACUUUCUUGACCAACGUCAGGCUACCCUUUACCCUCUCCCAAACUUCAGCUGACAUUUCCAACAGUUGUCCGGUAACUCCAUCAUCUACUUCUACUACACCAUCGUCUUUGACUCUGUCGGCAUCACUGACGCCACGACUCAAACGGGUAUCAAUGCCGGUCUCGCAUUCUUCACCUGGUUCUGCCAGCUCGGCGCAGUGUGGACUGGCAAAUACAUUGGCAGGCGCAAGAUUAUUCUUUGGGUUUGGGCGUUCCUCCUCUUCUCCCUCGUUGGCCUUUGUGCUUCUAGCGGUGUCUACUACAAAACCGAGAACGGUAACACGAGCGCUGGUAUCGCUACCGUAGCGCUGGUCUGGAUCUACCUCGGUUUCUUCAACUUUGCCUGUCCCAUCUUGUACUCUUAUCCUGCCGAGAUCCAGACUUAUUCUAUGCGAAGCAAAGGUCUUCUCAUUUGGAGUACUGUCCAGCAGUUCCAAGGUGCCUACGUCGUCUUUGUCGAUGCCAUCGCCCUCGACGCUAUCGGCUACAAAUACUACGCCGUGUACAUGCCUCUCGUCAUCAUCCAAUUCGCCCUCGCCUACUUCUGUAAGCCUCCCUUACCCCUUUUUAUGCUUGUAUACGGUGCUGACUUGAUUACUAGAUAUGGUCGAGACGAAAGGCUACACGCUCGAGGAGAUUGCGACUGCCUUCGAUAGCAAAGAGAGCCUCGCUCUGGUUAAUGUGUUGCCGGCUGUUGAGGAGGAAGGAUUCGUGGAUGAGGAAACCGACUUUAAGGACAGGAGGAGUACCGAAGCUGCCAACCAGUAGUUUUUGGGAAUCUCCAAGCGAUCGGUGUGACUGGGAUUGGGAAUGGAGGCGAUGAAGCGUCUAUAAUGUCUGGAUCUGUGCUUUUUGAGUGCUAUGCAAUGGGAGUGUUCUUGACAAUCAGCCGGUCUCUACGUCGCGUGCA